AGUUAUCCGUCGGAAUCGCGAUCUCGUAUUUCAUCCAUCGGUAGUGUUAAGAGAUGUCGUGGAUCUGAACGCAAGGAUAAGCAGCCGUUUGGCAGCUCUGAGAGCAUCGGAAAUUCGUUGAAUGGCAGGACUAGGACUACAUCCAGCAGUUCGUACACGAGUAGCACAACCGGUGGCCACUUAGCGGGUGGCAGUGGUUCCGGUCGCGACAUUGGACCGCAAGAGUUGUGUUUUCUGAAGACACUGAAAGACCAUAAGAUACGGGACGAGAGGAUAGUGUUUGUUUCGGGCAAACGAGCGCCGAUCGCCAUAUUCUCGGCCCUUCCGCACACUCGGCGCGCACUUCACAGCGUCUUAAGAAGCGAUACGUCAAAGGAGUUGACCCGAAGGCGUCAGGUGUCGGGCAGUCGCCAGUUGUCGACGAUUAGCGAUGGCUUUGAUCCGUUGGAUUUGUUGACACUUAUGGGCUUUGAACGGUCCGGUAGUGACGGACAGGACAUAUCGUUUGGCGAGCUAUUGAACAGCAGCUCUUCGGCCAAUAAUAGU